AUGACGCUGAGCAACAAGUACAUUGAGAUUCCCGGCCCUCCGCCACUGUCGUGGCAGACUAUACCAACUGCGACGAGGUACCUGAGCUUUGCAUACGUUCUAUUCACUGUAGCACUAUGGAGCACACGGCGAACAGCUUCUUCGACUGUAGAAGACCCACAGUUAGUUAUAUGUCCCAUUGUGCAACUCGUUCCAAGCCAGAUUCUAAAGUUUCCCUAUUCCCUGCUACUGUCCAAUCUUGUGGACGUUGAACUGUGGAAGUUCGUCGUGGAUCUGUUAAACCUAAUAAUAGGCGGUACGUAUAUCGAAAGUUACUGGAACAGCCCGCAGGAGAUGCUGAAGUACACCCUCAUGAUAGGAACCGCGACGAAUCUUGUGAUGUGCUUAGUGACGUUCGUGCUGUCUUUUUUUAUCACAUCGAUCAGGCUAGAGUAUCCCUUGGAUGGCAACUACACCAUGCUAAUAGGCUUUGCGAUCGUCUACAAGCAACUGCUGCCCGAGACCACCAUAAUUGAGAUCCGGAAUGUUCCCUUCAUCUCUAAGAAUUUCCGUUUUAAGCUCUAUCCUAUCUUCUUGUUGUGCACGCUGACUCUGUCGCAGGUAUUCUGGUACCACAAUAUUUCAGAAUUGAUCUCGAUAUGGACGACCUUUUUUACCUGCUGGCUGUACCUGCGCUUCUACCAGGUUCUCCCCUCUGCAGUUACGGGGAAUGUUACCGCAGAUCAGGUGGUCGGUGACGCGUCCGACACCUUCCAGCUCUUGUACUUCUUCCCGGACAUAAUCAAGCCCGUCCUGCGGCCUAUUUUCGACAAGAGCUACAAUCUUGCUAUUGAGAAGUAUCGCUGGAGAACGCCUUUUAUGCCUAACGACAUCGAAUUAGGAAACUCCCUCACCGAAUCAAGGGUAAAAUCUGACAUCACUGUUACUGAAGAGCGCAGGAAGCAGUUGGCGCUGCAGGUCCUGGAACAACGUAUCAACAGUGAUAAAGAGCAACCUCAGUAG